CCGCGGCGCGGAGGCAGCGCCGCAGCCCCACGGCACCUGCCGGCGGACCGCCCGCCAGCCAGCGAGCCAGCCAGCCAGCCAGCCAGCCAGCGAGCCAGCGCCCCGCUGCCGCCUCCGCAGCCAUGAAGGCCGCCCGCAUCGCCCUGCGCAGCGCGGCGCCGCUGGCGGGGGCCAGCGGCAGCAGCCGGCUGCCGCUGGAGGUGGAGACCUUCUCCCGCUUCUCCCCCUCGCCGCUCUCCAUCAAGCAGCUGCUGGAUUUCGGCUCAACUAAUGGAUGUGAGAGAACAUCUUUUGCAUUUCUGCGACAAGAGCUUCCUGUAAGGUUUGCAAAUAUCCUGAAAGAAAUUGAUCUUCUUCCUGAUAAAUUACUAAGCACUCCAUCAGUACAACUAGUGAAGAGCUGGUACAUCCAAAGCCUAAUGGAGCUGGUUGAAUUCCAUCAGAAAAGCCCAGAUGACCAAAAAGUCUUACACAACUUUAUAGAUACGUUAAUUAGAGUCCGAAACAGACAUCAUGAUGUGGUUCCUACAAUGGCACAAGGGGUAAUUGAGUACAAAGAUACUUUUAAAGUAGAUCCUGUCACCAAUCAAAAUAUCCAGUACUUCUUGGAUCGUUUCUACAUGAGCCGUAUUUCUACCCGGAUGCUAAUGAACCAACACACCCUUCUUUUUGAUGAUAAUAUCAGCUCAGGGCACCCAAGGCACAUUGGAAGUAUUGAUCCGUGCUGUGAUGUUGUUGAAGUAGUGAAUGAUGCUUUUGAAAGUUCCAGGAUGCUGUGUGACCAGUAUUACUUAACAUCUCCAGAACUGAAGCUUACUCAAGUGAAUGGAAAGUUUCCAGGAGAGCCAAUUAACAUCGUAUAUGUUCCAUCACAUCUCUUUCACAUGCUUUUUGAGCUCUUUAAGAAUUCAAUGAGAGCAACAGUUGAAUUUCAAGAGAACAGUCCUUCCCUUUCUCCAGUUGAAGUGACAGUUGUUCUCGGACAUGAAGACCUCGCAAUUAAGAUCUCUGACAGAGGAGGUGGUGUUCCAGUAAGGAAAAUUGAGCAGCUAUUUAGUUACAUGUAUUCUACAGCACCAAGGCCAAGGAUGGAUGAUGCUCGACAAACUCCUCUUGCUGGCUUUGGCUAUGGCUUGCCAAUUUCUCGUCUGUAUGCUAAAUACUUUCAAGGAGACUUAAAUCUCUACUCCAUAUCCGGUUAUGGAACAGAUGCUAUUAUCUACUUGAAGGCACUAUCAACAGACUCGGUAGAAAAACUCCCAGUUUUUAACAAAUCUGCUUAUAAGCAUUAUCAAGCUACCUCAGAGGCAGAUGACUGGUGUGUCCCAAGUAAAGACCCAAAGGAUGUAUCGAGACAGAGUGCAUCUUUCUGAAGAGAAGUUGGUAUACAAGGCACCCAAGGGGAUCAAACUGUCUUCUGAACAAGGACUGGUGUUUGGAAGUAUUCGUUUACUUUCAGACAGGCAAAUUUUUCAGUAUUGUGACUGACAGAAAGAUCAGGCAUUUAUAAUCUAGACUGUAUGCAUUGAGUACAAAAUCUUGCUGUGAACUUCAGGAUAAGGAAAAUACAAGUACAUGGAGGGAUGUGUGCAUCUUUUGCUAUGUCUUUUUUAAAAAAAAGAGAUGGAUAAAGAGGAAAUUCAGUCUAUUUUUUUAUCUUAUGAUCAAAGACUUAAUGCAGUAAAGGUGUGCAUUUUUUGGGUCCUCUCUAAUCCUUUAAUUCUGGAUUCUGAUAAAUGUCAGUUAUAGUGGUACAUAUUUUCCUCCUAGACUAGUUAUUAGCACCUCAUUUUAUUACAGAACAGGUAGAUAAGUGCACCUGUACUUCAAAACUGUAUUUAUAACAUUGGGAAAAGAUCCUCUUAACAUGGCAGGCUGGUAGCAAGAUACAAACAGCAUACAAAUGCUGCCUGACUGAGAGGGAGGGAGACUGUUUUUCUUAUUAAAAAGAAAUUCUACUUAAAAACAAAACAUAAGCCUCUGUAUUCCAGUAGUAGUUCUUAUGUGAUGCCCUGCUCUGAGUUACAUUGCUUGAAUUUUCUUUUUAAGCUGUUCAUGAAAAAGUAGCAAGGUAAGGCUCCUGUGCAUAAGAUACUAAGAAGGAAAUCAGGAUACUUUAGGGAAGAAGUAGAAUGACACUUGGUCAUAAUAGCAAGUGGAAUUGAAAGAUUUUUGGUGUGUUUUGUGUAAAAAUGGCAUGGGAAACAGUAUGUUUAAAAAUGGUUCUUUUUUUGUCUUGCUUUUAGAAGAUUAGUGGUUCAGUAAACUAAACCAAAAUCCAAAAAUUGGGAAAUGUGGUUCAAGUUUUACUUCUGUGUAAAAUCCAAGAACCUAUCCACAGCGUUGAUAAAUUUGUUUUGGACCAUACUUUAGCUCAAAGGUGUACAUGGGAAUUCUAAAACUUGAAAGCUAUAAUGAGCACUAAACCUCUGAAAGGUUUUCAGGAAUAGUGGUGGUGAAACUGAAUUUUCGUGUAAGAACUAUUCCUUGCAGUGGAAAAGGUUUAGGAAAUGAGAAGGUUUAAAAUAUGAAAAGCGAUGAAAACUAUAAAAAAUAACUUUCAUGAACAGCAAAAUAAGGGGGAGUGGCCACAGGAACAGUGUCAGUAGGAAAGAGAGCUGUUGGGAAAAUACUGUAUUCUCCGUUAGCUUCUUCCUUUCCCAUCUUUUGUGUGGAUUUUCCCCCUCAUAAGUGAGGUAAACUUAACAACAGAGUGGAAGUCAAGUACUAUUUGGAAUUGCCAAGCUGGCCAGUCAAAGUUCAUCAGAGCUAUUUAUUAUUACUUGAAACCUUUUUGACUUACUAGCAUCAUUACCUUAAAUGUGUACAAUCCUUGGCAAAAGGCUGCAAAUACAGCAUUUAAAGCAUCCUGCCUAGUUGUAUGAUAGCUUUCUAAAGCUGAGUUGUAUGUGUUGCGUAGAAAGCCACUCCAUACUCUACUGUGAAUAUCAAAUACAUUUCUUAAUAGCAAUAAGAGAAAACUUGAAUUACCUUUGUGUUCUAGCAGUCUUGUUGAGAUAGAUUUCUCAACCAAAAAAAACUAAAAUAGCAUUCUGAUAUGCUUUACUUGUUUGAGAAACUAAGUUUAGAAGCAUUUUUGAUAAUUACUGAGUAUAAUGACUUAAGUACUGCAUAGAGGCCCAGUUACUCCAGUGAAUAACUUGUAGUCACCAAAAGUCACCAUAUUAUUUGUCUUUGAGCUCAGCUUACUGAAUGGAUAAUAAAAAUGAAAUAUCUCUGUCUAGAAAACACAGGUGUGAAAAGAUUGCCUUCACUACCGUAAUAUACUUGAAUACUUUGUUGAUUUUUGUAUUGAAUACAAGGUCACAAAAACAUACCUAAGUAGUCAUUGUUGAUAAGUAAACACAGAUUAUACCUCUUUCUUUGUGCCCAAUUAUGCUUGAACAUGAGUUGUGGUCUCAUGACAUACUGUAUAUUUGUAAUAUAGCUGCAGCUACACCAGGUGGGAGCUGUAACUUGUAUUUCAAAGCAGUUGAAGCACCCAGGUGCUGUAAAAAAAUGUCUGUAAUAGUGCUUGCAGAUAGAAGCUUUCUGGAUAAAUGUAAUUUUUGGAAGUUUUGUGUUCAGAACACUUCCACAAUGCAGACAUUGGGGCAUGCAUAGCACUUAGGAAACCCAUGUGGAAUAUCUUUUAACGUUAAAAAUUACUUAAGGGCUAGCCACCUAGCUAUAGUGCCUUUUUCAGCAGUUACUGAUAUUUUUUAAUUACUAUUAUUAUUACUGAUAAUAAAGCUCUAGUUUAAAGCUUUUUACUGCUAUGUGGGUAUUCAAAUAAUUUGAUAAUAAAAAAACAUGUAAAUGGU